AUGGCCCUCUCCACCCAAGUUCCACCAAGGCCUGUAUCCAGUGAAUUAAUAGAAGAAGUAAUUGAUGGAUUUUCCAAAGACAUCUUUCCAAACAAUUUUAUUGAGUCAGCAUGUGCAGUGUGUGCUCAGUUGGUGCCUCAAAAAUUACUAUCACCUAUAUCUGAUGAAGAAUAUGAUGAAAAUCUU